CUGAAUUAUUGAGGAGACUGAUAAAAGAAAAUAUCAAAGACAAAAAGUCGAGCAAAAUAUCAAAAGGAGAGACUCACAAGCUCACUGACAGUCACACAAGAACACAGGGAUAUUAUUAGAGCGGGAACCACAACUACCAAGCACCAACCGUCUGAUUUCUCUCCUCUUUUGGCAAAUUCCCAAUGGCUUUCAGUUCCUCAACUCGGUCUUUGUUCAACCUCAAACUCACCAAGACACACUCUUCAUCACUUCAUCAUCAACCCAAGAAGAAACCUGUAAUCCUUUUCUCUCAUGCCCAUUUUACCCCACCCCUUCGUUCAACUAAUAACGAUUGUUUCAGGGCCAAUUAUGGCACUUUCACAAACCUCUCUGCUCCCAGGCUCAGAUUCAGUGUGAAGGUUGGAUCUCCAGACCAUUCUUCCGGGGAUGAAGCGCAGUCGCUUAUUUCUGAAGCAACCCAACAGGAGGAAUUUUCCUGGGUUUCUGUGAUUAUUCCCUUCCUGUUUCCAGCUUUGGGAGGUUUGCUAUUUGGGUAUGACAUUGGUGCUACUUCUGGAGCUACCAUCUCGUUACAGUCACCUGAGCUUAGUGGCACAGCUUGGUUUAAUCUUUCAGCUGUACAGCUUGGUCUUGUGGUUAGCGGUUCCCUAUAUGGAGCUCUUUUUGGUUCCCUCCUUGUCUACCCGAUUGCUGAUUUCCUUGGCAGGAGGAGGGAACUUAUCAUAUCAGCAGUACUUUAUCUCCUUGGGGGUCUGAUCACUGCAUAUGCUCCGAGCCUUAGUGUUCUCUUAGUUGGGCGUCUUUUAUAUGGCCUUGGUAUUGGCAUGGCCAUGCAUGGGGCUCCUCUCUAUAUUGCUGAAACGUGCCCAUCUCAAAUUCGUGGAACUCUAGUGUCUUUGAAGGAGCUCCUCAUAGUUCUGGGGAUUCUGUUGGGUUAUUUUGUGGGAAGCUUUGAGAUUAAUGCAAUUGGGGGGUGGCGUUACAUGUAUGGAAUAAGCGCUCCUAUUGCUUUACUGAUGGGAAUUGGCAUGUGGCUUCUCCCGCCAUCUCCUCGCUGGUUGCUUCUCAGGGCAGCUCAAGGUAAAGGGUCUGUAAAAGAAUACAAAGAAAAAGCCGUUCUUGCCUUGAGCAAGUUGAGAGGCCGUCCUCCUGGUGACAAAGUGUCUGAAAGGCAAAUAGAAGAGACAUAUGUUUCUUUGAAGUCGGCCUAUGCAGAUCAGGAAUCUGAGGGGAGUUUGUUGGAGGUCUUUCAAGGCCCUAAUUUGAAAGCCUUCAUAAUUGCUGUGGGUUUGGUCCUUUUCCAACAGAUAACUGGGCAACCAAGUGUCCUAUAUUAUGCAGGUCCCAUUCUUCAGACUGCAGGAUUCUCUGCUGCCUCUGAUGCUACCAGAGUAUCAGUUGUAAUUGGAUUGUUCAAGUUUGUGAUGACAGGGAUAGCUGUCCUGAAAGUUGAUGAACUUGGAAGAAGACCUUUGCUGAUUGUAGGAGUCAGUGGACUUGCUCUUUCCUUAUUUCUCCUUUCUGCUUACUUCAAAUUUCUUGGAGGGUUCCCACUUGUUGCUGUAGCUUCUCUUCUUCUCUAUGUUGGUUGCUACCAGGUAUCAUUUGGUCCUAUAAGUUGGCUGAUGGUGUCAGAAAUUUUCCCGCUUCGCACAAGAGGAAAAGGGAUUAGUCUUGCAGUUCUUGCCAACUUUGCUUCAAAUGCUAUUGUGACAUUUGCAUUCUCACCACUGAAGGAGGCGCUAGGAGCAGAAAACCUGUUCAUCCUCUUUGGUGUUAUUGCCUUGCUAUCUCUUCUGUUCGUUGUACUACUUGUCCCAGAAACCAAAGGUUUGAGCUUGGAAGAAAUAGAAUCCAAACUCUCGAAAUAGGGGAUAACCCCAUGGCCGGAACUAUCAUUGUAAGUUUCCAACGUGACAUGUAACCUUGUUUCUCAGUGCCUCCUGGACAGGUCUUAUAUUCACAAAAUCAUGUAAAUCUGUUAUACAACUAUGUACAUUACUCAAUGCGAGAAUUUUCACUUUAGUAUAAGGAGUUCUGCAACUGUUAAGCGA